GAAAUUUCUUUCUUUUAGAUUUUCAGAGAGUGUUACUUUUAGGCAAAACAAAGUUACAACCAACUCUAUAUGGUAGGAGUCAAGUGAUAAUGAUAUCAUAACAUCCUCCUCUCUCUCAGGAGCCUGAUAUUGGGAAAAGUGCUGUUGGAGAAAUGCAGAGAGGUCUCAGAAUUGUUACAUGGGGGAAAACCCAAUUAUUCUGCAAAUUCCAGCACUGCAAAUACCAGAAGGUGCAGAUCUUCCAAAUAUUGGAAAUACAAAGGAGAACAGAGUGGGCAAGCUUAUUUUGGUACUGAAGCAAAUGGCAUGCACAUUUUAAGAGGUUAUUAGAGAAGAUAACUCCUGGUUCUAGGAAUUAGGCAGUAAAAUGGAUGAAAGGACAAAUAUGAGACAUCUGAGUUUAUGUCUUCUUUAAGAAGAAAUACUGCAAGGCUGUAAUGAAAGUAACAGAAAAAUGUCAGUGGAGACAUUUUCCAUCCUGUAGUGUACAAGACCAAAGAAACACACUAUCUUGGUGACCAGUGUGCAAAAUUCAUUAUGCAGAUUAAGUGUACUACUGCUUCCCCUUUUUAUUAAGAGCUACCUUAGCAAUGGCAAAGGGACAGGACUGCUUAAAAGGCUUUCUAUAAGAAGGUAUGAAACAAGGUUUUACUAAGAUUGGAAUUACCUUCUUAAGAUUUUGGUAUUAGAAUGUCACAACUACUGUCACCAAGUCUGAGUUCCUGGUAACAGCCAGUAGUUUUAAGAAGCCAUGACUAAUUUAACAUCACAGAGGUGAGAUGUGCUUCCCUUUCUAUUCCUCUCUUAUGUAUGUUUUGACUUUUCAUUUCCAUCAUUUUUAUUUUUCCUUUUUAUUUUUAAAGAGCAGAAAACAACGUUCUGCACUGGGAUAAAAGACAAUGUUGGAAUCUGACCUUCUGUAAUCAUGUUUGUGCACUGCACCUGGCUGCAAGCCAGCAACACAGUGUUUUUCAGGCCUUGCAACUCCCAUUUCAGAUUCUUAUUGCAUGCAUGCUUGUUUUCUUCCUUGGCUGAAAGACAUGCCCAUCUUCUCACACCUUAGCUUGUAGUACAGUUCCUGUGAGUUGUGGCCUUGUGCCCAAUCUGUUAAUCCGCACUGCUUAGUAAUCAUUAAACAUUACAUAUCACCUUUGUUGAGAGGAGGAGACGGAUGUUUAUUUGUCAUUUGGAUAGUCUGCACCUAUCUAAAGAGCCAAGGUAACUGAGAGGGGACUUGGUCAUUUAUAUACCUCACAAGAAUGAACAGAAAGUCAAUCUUUGUCCUCUGAUCUGCCUACAUUUUACAGUCUUUGGUUUACACAGAAGCAACAGAUCUUGUGAUCUGAAUGUGCUGACAUGUAGGAAUGGAACUCUGACCUCCAGCAGUCCCAUUCUAUGCACUGAGCAGAACUGUACUUAUUCCAGCCUGCAAAGUGCACUCCAGCAAGACUGCAGUUCUCUUCAUACACCCUGAAUAUGUAAAAUCAAAAGCUAAUGCUACACGCGGACGCAGAAACCAAAUCAAAUCUCAGAUGAGAAGUAGCUUCAAAGGUCAGAGAUGUGUUAGCCUGAACUCAGCAUAAUUUUUGGAUGUUAGUUAAUUAAUAAUCUUAUGCAUUAUUUAAACUCAAAUCCUCAGCUAGUGCUACAUAUAUAUACAAGUUUACAGAGCGAUACAAGUGACAAUACACUACCAAGCAGCAAGUUCAAGAUUCCAUAACUAUUCAUUCUUACCUUGAGGAGUAUUUAGCUAAUAAUUAUCCUUUAUGCAAAUAGAGCAAUGCCUGACUGAAGACUUUCAUUCAUUCCAAUGUGCAAAAACAGAGGUGAUACACUCCUGUCAAAAAGCUAUCCAGGUUCUACCAGCAACAUUUUUCUCCUGUGCAUUGACAACAGCUGCAGUGACAGACCAUUAUACCACAUGAACACGUAAAUGAAGUAAACUGGGACAAUGGAAAGACAACUUGAGGCUACCAGAAUGGAAAACAGCACCUCUUCCUUCUUUAUCAUGGAAAGAAAGACACAUGUGAAGAUUAAUAGGAAAGAAGUCAUGCUAGCUAAGCUGAAAAAGAGCUGCUCCUGCACCCCACAGAAGCUGAAGAACUUUGUUAUGGAUUUCUUUCCUGUUUUACGAUGGCUUCCCAAGUACCAGUGCAAAGAAUACAUUUGGGGGGAUAUUAUGUCUGGGUUAGUAAUUGGGAUCAUUUUGGUGCCUCAAGCAAUUGCAUACUCACUGCUGGCAGGUCUGAAGCCCAUUUAUAGCCUUUACACAUCAUUCUUCGCCAACAUCAUCUAUUUCCUAAUGGGCACAUCCCGUCAUGUAUCAGUUGGCAUUUUCAGCUUGAUAAGCUUAAUGGUAGGACAAGUUGUGGACCGAGAACUUCUCUUGGCUGGGUUUGACUUGAAUGAUGAUGCCCCACCAGCCUUGGGUGAUGGCUCUCUGCAGAAUGACAGCCUGUCCAACACAACUGCCUUCAACCUUACGAUUGCGGGGAUAAAUGCUGAGUGCGGGAAAGAAUGCUACGCUAUCGGCAUUGCUACAGCCUUGACAUUUGUGGCUGGAGUGUAUCAGGUUCUAAUGGGGAUCUUCCGUCUGGGUUUUGUAUCUAUGUACCUAUCUGAGUCGGUACUAGACGGCUUUGCAACCGGUGCUUCCUUAACCAUUUUAACAGCUCAAGUGAAAUAUUUGAUUGGAAUAAAAAUUCCACGUAGCCAAGGGCACGGGAUGCUUGUUAUUACCUGGAUUAACAUUUUCCGGAACAUUUCUCAGGCCAACCUUUGUGAUGUCAUCACAAGUGCCAUUUGUAUCGUGGUGCUGGUCACUGCGAAGGAACUGGGAGAUCGGUAUAAGCAUAAACUGAAAUUUCCUCUUCCCACAGAGCUGGUAGUUAUUGUCGUGGCAACACUGGUGUCACACUACGGGAAGUUAAAUGAAGUCUAUGCAUCCAGUGUUUCUGGAGCUAUUCCAACAGGAUUUAUUCCUCCAGAGGUACCACAGUUCAACUUAAUGCUCCGAGUCGCUGUAGAUGCUUUGCCUCUUGCCCUAGUCAGUUUUGUCUUCACUGUGUCCCUUUCUGAAAUGUGUGCAAAGAAAUAUGCUUACACCAUCCGAGCCAACCAGGAGAUGUUUGCUGUGGGGUUCUGCAACAUCAUUCCUUCUUUCUUCCACUCUUUUGCAACCAGUGCAGCUCUGGCAAAAACCCUUGUGAAAACAUCUACAGGCUGCCAGACUCAAGUCUCUGGAGUAAUUAGUGCAAUGGUGGUUUUGCUGGUGCUGCUCUUCCUGGCACCUCUCUUCUACUCCUUGCAGAAGUGUGUCCUGGCUUGUAUCAUUAUUGUCAGCCUCCGAGGAGCCCUGAGGAAGUUCAGAGAUGUGCCAGCACGGUACCACGUGAAUAAGGUGGACACGCUUGUUUGGGUCAUUACUAUGUCUGCCUCUGCCUUGGUCAGCACAGAAAUAGGGUUGUUGGUUGGCAUUGUUUUCUCCAUGCUAUGCAUUGUUGUUCGGACACAGCGGCCACGGACAGCCCUGCUUGGUCAGAUCCAAGACACAGGUUUUUAUGAGGAUGACUUAGAAUAUGAAAAUCUCACUACUGUUCCAAAGGUCAAAAUAUUUCGUUUUGAGGCUCCACUUUACUAUGCAAAUAAAAACUACUUCCUAAAGUCUCUGUACAGAUUGACCAACUUAGAUCCUAAUCUAGAAGCUGCUAGAAGGAAGAAAUACGAGAAGAAGGAAAAGCAGCAUCUGCAAAAGGGAAAUCACAGAACUGCUAAUGGACUGGGCACUGGAGAAACCACUUUGCAACUAGUUCCUAAGCAAAUUGAUUUCCAAGCCCUUGUUGUAGAUUGCUCGUCCAUCUCAUUUUUGGACACCACUGGAGUUAAUACCCUAAAGGAAAUCCUGAAAGACUACAAGAACUUAAACAUUUCUGUUCUCCUGGCUUGCUGCAAUCCCUCAGUGAUAGACUCUCUGAAAAGAGGAGGUUACUUUGGAAGAGAUUUUGGAAGCAUGCAGGAAAUGCUGUUCUACAGUAUACAUAAUGCUGUGCUGUUUGCAAAAGACCAAAAGCUUCCAGCAGAUUGCUCAGUUUAACCCUAUGUCUUCCUUGACAAUUCACCACAAAAGCAACAGAUGAAGUGGGGCAAUUUGCAAUAUCAGACACACUACUGGCUGUGUACAAGCCAUUCUCCCCUGAAGAGCUCUACUGUUUGUCAGAUGCCAUGUAGAACAGCCACUGAGGAUGCAGUCCAGGACAAGUAUGGAACAGGUCAGAUUAUCACCUGCACCUUCACUUUAAAAUGCAGGUGAUGUGCAGUAAGGAAUUUUGGGAUUGGCUUGUCCCUUGUACCAUGAUCAUUUAUGACCCAACAUGUAUGUCAUGAGACUCUUUUGCUCAUGGUCAGCCCAGUGUCACCUGGCUCUCCCAGGGGCUUAAUGACUGGUUUGUGUUAAGAGAGUUAAGCCAUUCCCAUGAAAAUGCAAUCAAUCCAGCAUCCUGGACACGCAAUGGUUUAAAUUCUGGCUUGCAAGGCCCUGCCCCUUCCAUCAUUCCAGGUGCGCUCCUAAACAACUCCCACUGUUUGCACACAAAUAAAAUGUAUAAAAUAUUGUGGAAUGUAGCAUGUCUCUCCUCCUUGAUUACACAGGCUUAAUAACACAACCUGCCACAGGAGAAGAAAUCGUGAUUCAUCACAGGUCCUCUCAAAACGAGCAUUUCCAAAAAUUGCUGCUGGAGUCGGCUGUUUUAUUGGCUUAAAUCUGUGGUAAUUAGUUACUGAAGGCUGUGAUACCCCUAAUGAUGCCAGAAGAAAUAUGCUUGACGCAAGAUUUUGUAACUAGUAAGAGGAUAAACAGGAUUAGGGAAAACGAAUGGCUUUAACUGCCAGUCACACAACUACCCAGGUAGCUGUACCACCGUCCUGUAAAAAUAAGUUGCCUCUGGUGGGCAGAUGCAACUCUAAUUCAGGGAUACAUAAGCAUCACCAAACAUAAAACCUCAGAACCGUGAUGCAGUACAUCACCUUCUUCCUACAAAUGCCUGCCUGGGUUCAAAGAAAAACAGGAGCAAAUAGGGUAGGGUGGGAAGGUAAAUCUGUGAGUUGCCUACAAGGGGAUUGAUAGGUCAGUCAGAACUGCCUGGCUGGUCUUCUCUGAUGCAAUGCUAAUGAAGUAUUACAAGUAACAUACCUGGGCCAAGUAAAGGGAGCAACGCUUUGUAACUUGUGAUCCUCGUAUGUUGGAAAAAUUCCACCACUGUUUGUACAUACUACAGAUGUUGUGGGGUUUUGUUUGUUCUGUUUUGGUUUUUUUUCUCCUAUCAUACUAGUCUUUGAUUUGAGGUCCACUAGACCAUCUUUUCCAGGUCUAGUCACCUUCUAUAAUAAUUUACCUUAACUGCUGUUCAUUGUGCUUUAUGUCGUAUGAUACUGCCAGUGUCAGUUGUUUUGUUAUAUAUGCAUAUUCUUUUUAUUACAAAUAAGCAUAGCUUCGGAUUUUGAUUUUAGCACAGUUAGUACACAGUGUUCUGGCUCAUGGCAUAGGCAGAAUAUCCUCCACUCAAGUUUAUAAUUACCUGCACAAAAGGUAGGAAAGCUGCCCUGUCUCUCUCAUUAAUCAUGGCUGGUUCAUACAGCACCAAGCACAGAAGGAAAUUCUAUCACAGCUGUGCCUCUUACAAUUAGCAGACUCUAGAAACAGAGUCCACGUAGAAGCUCUAGAAACAGAGCUUCCAAGUAUGCAGAAGCCACUUCUUUGCUGUGACAUUUAAAAAAAAAAAAAAAGAAGUCAGGCCAACACAACAUGUGACUUGCUUGUUUCAACUUUUUAGAUCUCUGAAAGAAAGAACACUCAAACUGAGGCCCUCCAGGUGCCCCAGGUACUGUCUGGUUCUCAAGAACAAGUAUUUUGUUAAAGGAAAAGUAGUGCAUUACCAAAAGAUAAAAAAUAAAUUCCAAAAAAAUAAAAAAUGUCUUCACAGGGAUUGAGAAUAGCACAGUAUUAGCUGAUUCAAUACUGACAUUUUCAUGAACUCAUUACUGUUAAGAAGGCCAGAGCAGUAAAACCUGCCAGAAAUGUCACAAGAUUAAAGGACUGAUCAUUGGCAGCAUUUUCGUGCCAUCAAACAAUUCACUUACAUUAUUAUUUAAACUGCUGACUUGGUAUGCCUAGCUUUUCUGUUCUAAAAAGAAAUGAGCAGAGCCCAAGGAAAAAAUAUUGCUUUGUGUAACCAGUCUUUGAUCAGGAAAUACCUCUUUUAAGGUCCUGCUUGCGGCAAGCAUGAGGAGUUAAUACCACAAAGUAUCAACACAGACACUCUUAGACUGCUAUGCCAAAACAAGCUGUCGUUGGAAGUCAAAUAAAACAUCCUAGCAAUCCAGACAUUUUUUAGCUUUAUGGAUCAAUCCACCAAUCCAGAACAUAAAGAAAAAAAAUGCAAAAAAUACCCUUAACUCUAGAUUAAUCUCAUUUUAAAAGAGAAAAAAAAGAGGUUCUAAUGGAAGGUGUAUCCUUGCAACAGUCUCCAGAGAAAAACGAAGAGAGGCUGAGAAAUUAAGAGUCAGAAGUCUCUUUUUCAUCAUAUUUAUUGUAGGCAUGGUACCAAAGGAUACCUAAGCUAAGAAACUUGGCUACACGUAAGAGAGAGGAAGCUUUAUGACUUUUACUGCAAAGAAAGAAACUACUGAUCAGAAGAAACCAUAGAAACAAUUUUCUGGUUUGGGUUUACUGGCAGAACUGGCUCACAAUCAAGCUGUGUUGGACAAUGUCAAACACAGCAGGGAAAUAACUUCAGUGCUAUGCUGUAGGGAUGUUGGGAGAAUUAUUUCUAAGGAGUAUGUAAAAGUUAAUCAAAAAAGCAAACCUUUUGCUAGUACAUUUAUGUUUGCUAUACUGUGUUAUACCAAGAUGAAGGACACAAAGACUGAAAUUUAACAAAAACUGCUGAUUCUCUUCUCUCCUAGUCUACCAGAGAUUAAGUAUGGUGACUUGCAGAGGAGCUGGGGAUGGUCUUGUAAUUCUGACUAUGUUAACAUUAAUACUGUUGAAAUAAAGAUUGUUAUAUGCCUUUUAGGAAAUGUUAUAUGCUUCAUAUAGAAUGACUGUAUUUUUGUUCACUGUGAUGCCUUGUGAUUUAUCAUGUAUCGUGUAUCAAACAGAUUUUAGUACUGCUACAUAAGAACGGAAAAGGGUUCUUAACUUGUGGACUGUUUGUGUCCCUUAGAGCUGGGCAAAGAGCUGGGAAUCUUCAGCUCAAUCUGUCAUGUUGACUAGUGUGGCAUGGCAAGAAUGUGUGGUUUAGGUGUCAAAACAGCUCUGUUUACUGGCAUUGGUAACUAACAAUCUGGGAACUGUCCAGUCCCUGAAAAACAUCUUGGGUUCCCCGAUAAUCAUGAAUACUUCUAUGCCACAAGACCAAGAGACAAGUGUGUGCUUUUGGCUGGAAAAUAAAACUAGCAGUUGUUUGAAAACA